GCCAGAAUAGAGGGACCAUAUAAAACAAGUUCAGAUCGGGUGGUUUAUAGGAGACAGAUUAUAAGACAUCGGAAGAAGAACGAGUACGUUUGUGUUUGACGAAAUUAUGCAACAAUUCCAGAGUUAUUAACAUUGUUUGUCUUGAUCCUCAGAAUUUAAAGGUGAGAUCUAUUGACAUUCCAUAGGACCUUAUAUUACUAUAUGGUCCCAAUAUUAUUUUGCAUAAGACAAGUGGAUAAGAGACCUAUCACAUGCUCCACACCGUCAGAAAAAAAAAGGGAGAGUAACAAAAGUGAGGCAGGAAAGAAGAAAAGGAGGAAGGAGAAAAGAAAAAAGUGUACCUUUUUGAGUUCAGUGGGUAGUUGCUAAAUACCUCGACUUCAACCGAGAAAGCACAUAGCAAUUGUAUUUCCUAUAACAGUGUGAUGGCUGGAAGAAUAUUGCCUACUACAGGUUGGAUGCAAUGGAUUUAUAACUUGGUAAUAAAGCCCACACCAACCCAGGCUUUUGAGAAAGUUACUGAAGUUUCAUCAAGAUCGUUGCUCGAAUCCAUAGACACGUUUUUGCAUUCACGCCACGUUGAUCCUGGAUCGGAGGAAGAGAAAUAUGCGCGUGCAUGCGCACAAUGGAUCUGCAGGCAGGAAUCGGGUGAAGAAGAACAUGCAUUGGUUAUAUCAUCAAAACCCUCUGUAAUCAAAGUUGUAUCUAAUGAUUGUAAACUAAAACUGAAAGAAUUGAGAAACGGAGGUGUGGAAACAACGAUAACCUUGCAAGUAGAAAGCAUUCUUAACCUUGCUAGUGAACAGCAAGUAUCUUCACUUUUAAACAAGCUCUCAACGGUUGGAUGUUCAACGUGGACCAAAAAGCUCCUACAUAGAUGGGCGGAAUUUAGCAACGCUAUGCGACCAGAAGCAAUGAAUAAUGUAAAAUUGAUUCUAUAUGGAGAGUACAACGUACGAAUCAAAAUCCGAUGCAAGGUUGUUAAAAUCAAAAUAGGUGUUGUCAAUAAUCCACACGAAGGUGAAAUUGUUUUUGAAGUUGAUGAAAUAAACAAACGUACGUUGGGUCGAUUGAUAAUCUGGCUGUGUGGCAACGAAGGUUCCAGCGACACAUCAAAACAGGCCGCCCUCAGACGACUAAUUCAAGAUUGUAUAACUUUAGUGGAGAAACAAAAAAACAGUUGUUGGAAGGACACAGAAGUAACUAUAUUAGGUGGUAAUAUACUAUUCCACAUUCGCGCGGGAAAAUCUAAUGACCCCACUGAAAUUUUUGGAUAUUUCGACACAAAAGGAGAGUUCAAAGUACUUGAGAGGGAUAACAGAUUCUGUAUAAUUUUGUAAUUUAAACGUUCAAACUGGUAAUUUGACCUGGAUUCGAGACCCUAAAUUGGAUAAUCACUGAAUACUAUGAAGUAUAAUUAUUAUUGCGUCCAGUGCGCUCAAAUGUCCAAAUUAAUUUGGUGUCUUAUACCAAAGAACUUCAAUAGCAGAAGAAUGAGCUGUUCCGCGUACAUUUGCAUUAAAGUCGAUGGAACAUCCGCCCUCCUGCGGAUGCAGUAAAAUUUGAACAUUUUACUAAGUGGAGAAACUACAGGAAACAAACGAACUGGAGCGGCACCUUUCAUUACUAUAUAGCGACGCCGCGCUGAUGCAGUAAAAUUUUUCUCCGUGUACCCACAAUGCAUUUCGACCGGAUGUUCCACUAUCUUGGGAAGCUGCUCUAUCUUCUGCUAUUUAUUAUCUUUGCUUAUACUCAAUUGUUUCUAUAAUCUACAAUUUCUAGAACUAUACGCCGUUAUUAAGUACAAGUAGACUUAAUCAGUAAUACAUUUUAAAAGUAUUAGUUCCAAUUUUUUAAUAGUGAUAAUAAACUGUGCAUAGUGGCCAUUUAAGCUAACUAAAGCUAUCGGAAAUAUACUGAGAGAAUCAAAAUUAUUGAGAGAAUAGGUUGCUUUCCAAGAAAAGGUAUUUGUAAAUAGGUAGCUUUCUUCAAAUCUGAUAAGUUCGUCCUUCUUCGUCUAAUCUGAGACAACUAAUACACGUGUAUAGUUGUCUCAGGUCUAAUCAUGGGCUAAUCUAGAUAUAUUACAAUACAAUCGACAUGUUUGUAACGCGUGUGUUUAACCAUGUGUGCGAGCUGGCAAACAAUCCUUUGUGACGCAAAUCAGAAUACGAAUAUCAAAUGAUGACUUGAUAAAGGCCAAUGACCAAAGGGUUAAGACAACCCUGAAAAAUACAUUGUUAGCAAAUUUAAUAUUUGUAUUUCAUUUACCUAUUAAUUUACCUAUGCAGAAUCUUUAAAAAAAAUGUAAAGCCUAUCGCUGAUGAAGGUCACAGGAGUUGCAGAAAUAUGCGGGUUACGAAUAAAAUAGUCCGAAACAUGAUGAAUAGAAAGUAUAGCCGCGUUAGUCUGUACAAGUAUAGAAAAUAUAAAGUAAAAAACAGCAGCACUUUUGAGACUAACAAUAUAUAAUUUAUUCUUUAGCUUUCGUCCACACAGUGGACUUCACCAGGAGACUGUACAAAUGGGAUAAGAAACAACUAUAAUAUACAACUGAAAUAAUGGGGGCGGUCCUAAAACAACAAAGAAUUGUGUACAAAGCAAGUACAAGUUUGCCGAAAUAAGCAAUCUAAAUAAACAGUAUUAAAAGAACAAAAGAUCAAUGAUAAGAAACUGUGGGAAAUAGCAUACAGAAUAAGUCGUCAAAGUCAAUGGUAAAAACAGUAAAUAGGCAGUAAAUACAGUAAGGUACGGUAACUAUGAGACAAAAAUCAUGUAUAGUUAAUAAUAAGGCAGCUAUAGAAAUAUAAAAAUAUACAUACAAUGAUGAGAAAUAAUUAUUGACGGUAAUGUGCGAGGAAUCCUCGAUCAAUGUUAAGGCCUAGUUCUAUACAGUCUAAUUGUGUAAUUAUUUUCUGUUCAGCUAUUUCUCGUUCUAAACUAUUUUUGAAAAAUUCUUUCUUAACUAGAAAUAAAAUACCGUAGUGUUUUUAAAGUCUACUAUUAAAGUUAUUUCAUUUUUCUCAAUUCCGCCUAAACACACUUAGAACAAGCAAUGACACUAAAUUCUUCUAUCACCUAAACCGAACACUCACUGCACCGAAGGCUAUCAUGUGCAGAACGCAACGCAAAUACGCGCGCGAGCAACUGGUCGUUUUUAACGACGAUCCGUUCAGACUGCCACGACUAAAUUAAGUAGACGGCGUCUCGUCGUUUAGCACUGACAGGAGCGAAGUUGGAUUCGUCGUAUCUGUGCUCUUGUUAAGUUUGGAUCUGGAAAAUAUACUGAAUAAUUAAUUAAUAACAAUUACCU